AUGUCAGGCAUGGAGAGGCUUCAGAGGAUGUUCGCUGGUGCCGGAGGAGGUUUGGGCCACCCACCUCCCGACUCGCCGACUCUCGAUUCUUCCGAGCAGGUUUACAUCUCCUCCCUCGCCCUCCUCAAGAUGCUGAAGCACGGAAGGGCGGGAGUUCCAAUGGAGGUUAUGGGAUUGAUGCUCGGAGAGUUUGUGGAUGAGUACACUGUACGUGUUGUCGAUGUGUUUGCUAUGCCGCAGAGUGGUACUGGUGUUAGUGUCGAAGCUGUUGAUCAUGUCUUCCAGACUAACAUGCUUGAUAUGCUUAAGCAGACUGGACGACCAGAGAUGGUUGUGGGGUGGUACCAUUCACAUCCUGGAUUUGGCUGCUGGCUAUCUGGUGUCGACAUUAAUACACAGCAGAGCUUUGAAGCAUUGAAUCAACGUGCUGUGGCUGUGGUGGUGGAUCCAAUUCAGAGUGUGAAGGGAAAGGUGGUCAUUGAUGCCUUCCGUCUUAUCAACCCACAAACUAUGAUGCUUGGCCAAGAACCACGCCAGACUACAUCUAAUCUUGGACAUCUUAAUAAGCCAUCCAUUCAAGCAUUGAUCCAUGGGUUAAACCGGCAUUAUUACUCCAUAGCAAUUAAUUACAGGAAGAAUGAACUUGAGGAGAAAAUGUUGCUUAACCUUCACAAGAAGAAAUGGACUGAUGGGUUGACACUUAGGCGCUUUGAUAAUCAUUCAAAGACAAAUGAGCAAACUGUUGAGGAGAUGAAGAACUUGGCUGUCAAAUACAACAAAGCAGUCCAGGAGGAGGACGAGUUACCUCCAGAGAAGCUCGCAAUUGCAAACGUUGGAAGGCAGGAUGCCAAGAAGCACCUUGAAGAACACGUCUCCAACCUGAUGUCCUCAAACAUAGUCCAGACCUUGGGAACAAUGCUUGAUACGGUUGUGUUCUAG